AUGGCUGUGCUGGUCAAGGUCUUGCGGUCCAUCGUUCGCAACGAUGCGAUGCGCCACGACCCUGACGAGAUAUACGGCUGGAGGGUCUUUGCCCUGGUGUGCGCCUCCUGCUUUGGCGGCAUGCUCUUCGGAUGGGACACGGGAGCCAUCGGCGGAGUCCUGGCCAUGAAGCCCGCCCAGGAGAAAUUCGGCACUCUGCACAAGUCCAAGGCGGCCAAGUCCAACCUGGACCAGAACAUUGUCUCGACGCUCCAGGCCGGAUGCUUUGCUGCCUGCCUUGUCACGUCCUGGCUGACAGACAAGUACGGUCGACGACGCUGUCUGAUGGCCACCGGAGCGCUCACAACCGUUGGCGUCGUGAUGCAGGCGGCAUCGGCGGUUAACGGCACGCUGGCAUUGAUGUAUGUCGGCAGGUUUGUCGCUGGCCUCGGCGUUGGAGCGGCCUCGACCUUGACCCCCGUCUAUGUCUCCGAGUGCGCCCCGAGAGGCAUCCGCGGUGGCCUGACCUCAUUCUAUCAGCUCUUCAUCGUCUUUGGCAUCAUGGUGGCGUUUUGGGUCAACUACGGCUGCCUCUUGCACGUGCCCGCUCCUGCCGUCUAUAUCGUGCCCCUCUCUCUCCAGGCGCUCCCUGCCAUUUUCCUCAUCUUAGGAAUGUUUCUAUCCCCUGAAAGCCCCCGAUGGUGUGCCCGACAGGAUGAUUGGGAACAGACCACCAAGAUCCUCGUCAACCUUAGAGGGCUCCCGGCCGACUCGGAAUACGUCUCCAACGAAAUCCAGGAAAUGGCCGAUCAGCUCGAGGCGGAGAGACGGUUGACGGGAGACGCGACGGCCAUGACGCUCCUCAAGGAAAUGGCACUGGUUCCGGGCAACCGCAACCGCGCCAUCAUCUCAGUCAUUCUCAUGAUAUGCCAGCAAAUGACUGGCGUAAACUCCAUCAACUACUACGCCCCGCAAAUCUUCCAAAACCUGGGCAUGAAUGGAACCGACUCGUCGCUUUUUGCUACCGGAGUCUAUGGCGUCGCCAAGACGGCAGCCUGUGCCAUCUUCCUCGUCUUCGUUGCCGACUCAUUGGGCCGGCGGUGGAGCUUGCUGUGGACAAGCGCAGCGCAGGCCAUCGUUCUCUUCAUAAUUGGUAUCUACGGCAGAGUACAGCCGCCGGUGACAGGGGAACCGGUGACGGCGUUUGGAUAUGUGGCCAUCGCCUGCAUAUACCUGUGGGCGGCUGCUUUCCAGUUUGGAUGGGGCCCGGCUUGCUGGAUCCUCGUCAGCGAAAUCCCGACUGCUAGACUGCGUGCGAUGAACGUGGCACUUGCUGCGGCAGUCCAAUGGCUCUUUAACUUUGUCAUGGCUCGAACUGUGCUGACCAUGCAAAACACCAUGGGCAAAGCGGGAUAUGGCAUGUUCUUCAUGUUUGGUUCGUUUGACGUACUCAUGGGCAUCUUCGUCUGGUUUUGCGUCCCUGAAACCAAAGGCAUCAGCCUGGAAAAAAUGGACGAGCUGUUUGGCUUGACGGAACCGCGAAAGCAAGUGGACAACGAACCAGAGUAUGGGCAAUCGACGAGCGUGCAGGUAGAGCGUUCCGGGAAGACUUGA